GAGUCUAGGGCUGCUGAUGCAUCCAGAGCUGGGGAGGGGGCAUGCAGCUGGCUCAGGGGGUGAUGAACUGGGGCACUGAACCGGGCAGUGGGGCAAUGAACUGGGUAUUGCACACUGGGCUAAGGGGCAAUGAACUGGGUAAAAGGAGGGGGGGUCGGGGUGGUGUUGAACACACACCCCCCAGGAGCAGGGCACAGCUCCAUGGGCACCACAGCUGCCAAGGGUCUGGGUGAGGACUGCCUGGCACCCCACAGCCGUGCAGGGCAGGGCUCAGCAGCAGGCAGCACUCUCCCUCCCCCCCCCCUCCCUUCCUCACUCCUAUCCCUUCCUCUGGGCACAUUUUGGGCAGGACCCCUCUUACCUCUCUGCUCACCUUCCCACUCCUCUCCCUCCCAGGCUCCUUCCUCCCUCUUCCCAGCCGCUAAACCCUGUCGGGAUGUCAGGAAUGUAAUUCCGGGGGGACCCCCCCGGACCCAUUCUUGCCUUUUCACUGCUACUGAGGACAGAAACACCAACAGCAGCCCAGCAGACCUAUAAAUAGCUAUAAAUAUUGGGGUGUUUGGGGACCGAAUCCCAACUGGUUUCACUUUCUCUGUUCCGUUGGACUUUUCUUCCGAGCUGCUGGUGUCGGAGGCGCUGCCGUGAGAGUGAUUUUUUUGCUUACAAUUAAAGGUGAAAUGGCUUUGGCCAGGCCAGGCUCUGCUCUGCUCCUUCCUUGCUUCAGCCUCUCCCCACCCCGCCCCAGCCCAGCAGCGCUGAGCGCGGCCCCGGGGCCCUGCAGAUGGCGAUGGUGCUCCAGGGGAGGAUGAGGAGCUCUGCUCUUCCCCGCCUUCCCCCCCGCCCUAACUGGGAUGUGUUGGGGGUGCCAGGGUGUGUGCGAGGCGAGCUGGGCCGUGCCGAGACGGGGAAGGGCUGAUCCGGUGCUGGUCCAGUUCCUGGUCCUGCUCUUGGUCUGGGUUCUGGUCUUGGGUUUUGAUGCCAGGUCCUGGUCCUGAUCUUGGUCUUGAUGCCAAGCCUUGGUCCGGGUCCUGCUCUUGGCCCUGGGUCCUGCUCCUGAUCUUGGUCCUGGAUCCUGGUCUCGAUUCUGGGUCCUGCUCUUGGUCCUGGUUUCGGCCCUGGUCCCGGUUUUGCUCCGGGUCCUGGUCCCGCUGCUGGAUCCGGGUCCCGGUGGCGGUGCCGCCGCUCCCAGUCCCCAUCCCGGCGCGAUGUGACUGAGCCCAAGCCAUGGCCCGGCAGAGAGACCUGGACAGGCUGCUGUCGGAUCUCAGAUCCUUCCUGCUCAUCCUGGACCGGGAGAGCCUCAGCACCGCAGCUCGGGCCAAGAAGAAGUCGGUGGCUGAGCUCCUGUCCCGGCUGCAGAGCCCCUCGUCAGAGGACGCAGAGUACAUGAUCAUGCGCUGCCUGGCACCCUCCGCAGGGACCCCGCACGGACGAGCCAGCCCGGGAACCAGGGCAGUGGAUGGGACAGGAGGGAGAGGCUGUGAGUGCCACUCAGCCAGCGCCCUGAGCCUGCCCCGAGGGAGCAAGGUGCUGGGCACCUCAGCGCCCCCACCAGGCGAUGACUGCUAUGAAGACGCCGAAGCCCUCGGCUCCAGCAGGUGCCCUGCCUCUGGGGGUGCCGACAGCGACAGCAGCCACUACGAGUCCUACGAGGAGGAUGAGGAUGGGAUGAAGGACCGUGCCCACUACCUCAGCCCCGAGGCCGAGCCCCCCGGGCGCCCCCAGGCUCAGCUUUGCGGCUUCCUCUGGAGGAGGCGCUGGCUGGGGCAGUGGGCAAAGCAGCUCUUCAUCAUCCGCCAGCAUGUGCUGCUGUGCUUCAGGUGUGCCACCGACCCGCACCCGCUGCUGGAGCUGGACCUGCGCGGCUGCAGGGUCACCUACAAGGCCAAGCGUGGCAAGAAGAUGCCCCACGCCCUGAAGGUGACAGGCACAGUGGGUGAGACCCUGGUCAUCGGCUUCCAGAGCGGGCAGCAGGCUGAGGACUGGAGGAAGGUGAUUGAAGAGGUCAGCAGCGAUGCCCCGAGCGGGCUGGCAGCCAUCAGCGUCUCGGUGCCACCCUCCUCCAGGCUCAGCAGGGUGAGCUGCUCGUCCUCAGGCGUGGCAAAGGCUGCCAGGUGCCAACUCAGCGAGGAGAAGGAGGAGCAGGGCUGCUCCCAGCGGAGCCCUUCCCGCAGGCCCCGGCUUGAAGAGGAUGCUAAAGGAGGUCUCCUGGCAGUGCGGCUGCGGGGGCAGUGGCAGCGGCUGUGGUGUGCGGUGAGACACGGAGCCCUGCACAUGUUCCCCGAGCCUGGCAGUGCCCAGCGCCCCGCCUGUGCCCAGCGCCCCGCCUGUGCCCUCAGGCUGGAGGGCUGCCAGGUCUCCCCAGGGGUGGCCUCCAGCUCCCCCACUCAGCAUCUCCGCAUCCACAUCACCCAGCGGGGCCGGGAGCUUGCCCUGCUGCAGACCCGCUCAGACGAGGAGAGGGAAGCUUGGCUGAAGACCUUGAGGGCCAGGAGAGGAGGGGAGCCUCCCGGUGACAAGACCCCCGAGGAGCACCCCAAGCUGGGUGAUGCCAGCAGCUGCCCUGCUGCAGGUGGGCUCCUGCUGCGCCGUGUCCCCACCCCCAACGCCUACAUGGAUGACCCCUUCGGGCAGCCCCCCGCAGCCGAGGGCCCCAAGCGCCUCUACUCCAACAUGGAGCGGCUGCAGCAGUUGCAGCAGAGCUUGGACCGAGCGGUGCGAGGGCAGCGCCAGAGACCUGUGUCUGCAGUGCCCGGCGGUGCCCACAACAGUGCCCUGGGCAGAGGUUUGUGCUGGCAGGGAGCUCCCCAGGGCAGGGCUGCCAGCCCGCAGCAGGCAGGCUGGAGCCAGGAGCUCCGGAGCAGGGAUGUGUCCCAGUCCCAGCACACCCUGGCACUGCCUGAGAAGAAGGGAGCCCGGGAUGGGCUGGAUGGCCUCAUCGGUAGGACCUCAGAGGGGCUCUGCCCUUGCCCGAGCAGCCAGAGGGGGCAGGAGGUGCCAGGGCUCGGCAGUGCCCCCAUUGCCCUCGCAGGGAAAAGAGCUUUUCCCAGGCUGGAGGAGAAGGUGGAGCCGCUGGAGAGGACCUGCCCCGUGUCGGGCAGGCUGAAAGCUGGCUCGGAGAUGAACCUGCUGGCCAUCGGCAAGUCACUGAAGGGCCACACCACUGCCACCAGCAGCUCUCAGGGCUCAUUCCCGGCACCGCUGCUGAAGCGCACAGCGUCGGCGAGGAGCGCCCCGAGGCCACCUCCUUCCCCGGUGCUGGUGGAGAGGGGGAGUGUGCUGCAGAGGAGAAAGGAAUGGGAGAUGAAGUCUGUGAUGUGAGCAGCACCCAGACACCCCUGCUGGCCUGGGCAUCUCUCAGCACCGCACUGGGCUGCAUGUGGAUCAUGCAGGAGCAGCCUGGCACCAUCUCAGUAUCAGCACCAGCCCUUUGGCUUCGCAUCUAUCUUACCCCUCUGCACACACAGCCCCCCCGGGUGGGCUUCCAGGGGCUCUGGGGUGGGGGCUCAGCUCCUUCUGCCCCUUCCACUCUCCCACCCCUCUCAGCACCUUGAUUUUGGGGCAUGGAAUGCCCAGUUGCACCCUGAUGCCCAUGUCAAUGGGAUGAGGCUGACUGGCACCAUGCCACCAGCAGCAUCUCGAUCCCCUUGGGGACAGGGCUGGGGGGGGGAUGUGCUGAGCUCCUUCCACCUUCUCACCCCUUCCAGCACCUUGGUUUUGGGGCACAGAAUGCCCAGUUGCACCCUGAUGCCCAUCAUUCAUCAUGCCACCAGCAGCACCUCAAUUGCCCUGGGGGCAGGGUUGCUGGGGGAGUGUGGAGCUCCUUUUACCUUCUCAUCCCUUCCACCUUCUCACCCCUUCCAGCACCUUGGUUUUGGGGGGCACAAAAUUUCCACUGGUACCCCCACAUCCUUGGGGUGGGUCUGGCUGGCAUAGUGCCACCAGCAGCACCCCAACCCCUUUGGGGACACCCAAAGUGAGCAACCAGGGAGCGGGCACAGAGUUUGGGCUACCAAACUGCACCUCCCAUGGAAGUGUGGAGCUCGGGCUGGGCCCUGGAGCUGCUUUCCAGUUGCUGUGUCCCUCUGGCCUGGGGAAACAUGGACAGGUGCUGGGAUUAAAGAUGAGAUUGAUAUUACUGCUCUUAAA